AUGACCAGCACUAACCUUAACGUCACCGCACGGCCAGCAUUAUCGUUAAGUUUUCUCGAGCUUAAUCGAGAUGUAAUAAUUUCUUCCUUGUCUGUGAAUUCUAACUGGAAAGAGCUUAACAAUUGUUGGGUCGCCAAUUUUUUACGAGAAACAGAAAGAUUAGAUCAAGAAAAUUUUGUAGUCCUAAAAGCGAAGGGUGUUCCAUUACCACUUCCAACACCACCAAGAAGUGAAAGUUCUCCCGUUCAACAACUUUUAAAUUCAGAAGAACAAGACUAUUAUGAUGAUAGCGUUGGUAGUUUUGGUAAUGAUGCUAGUAAUGGCAUUGGUUCCGGCUCUGAUGUUGGUACCGGCCUUCAUCCUCCUGUCAGUUCUGAAGCUGUUAAUAACAAUGAGCAAGAUAGU